AUGCUGCUGGACGACUGGCCAUUUGGCACAUUGGUGUGCAAAUUGGGACCAUUUAUUCAGGCGAUGUCUGUCUAUGUGUCGACCAUUUCAAUGACAAUCAUAGCGAUCGACAGAUACCAAGUGUUGGUCGGUUUGUUGAGGCGCCGAUUAACGACUACCGUUCCCACUGGUUUGAUAAUAGCCGUCAUUUGGGUGACGGCCGGCCUGUUGUCGAUACCUCACGCAUACUUCAACCAAAUCGUCGAAAUGUUUACAUUUAAAAAGUUGAUCCGUUGUCGGGCUGUAUAUCCGGAACCGGACGACAAAUACCGCAAAUGGAUUACUGUCUUAACAUUUUCCACACAAUACUCGAUCCCUCUUCUUAUCAUUUCCGUUUGUUACGCCCGCAUAGGAGUGCAUAUCUGGCAGAGGGUAGGCAUCGGCGCUAUGACUCAACAGCAGAGGACCGAUCAGAACCAGUCUAAACGAAAGACCAUUAAAAUGUUGAUUACAGUUGUGGUCGUGUUUGCCAUUUGUUGGCUUCCGCUUAAUAUCCACCACAUUAUGGCUGACUUUGGAUUUUGGAAUUACAGCUCAAAUGUGUUUCUGAUUUGUCACUGGAUUGCCAUGAGUUCUGUCUGCUAUAACCCAUUCAUAUACUUCUGGCUUAACAAACACUAUAAUGAAAGAGCAAAGUAUUUACUAAAGAUAUGUUUUACACUCAAUUGUCAUCGCAAACAACCCCCAGACGUGACUCAAGACUCGGUUAACACACAAAAUGAAAGAAAGACAUCAGCCAUAGGCAGCCAUAGGAGUAAACUGAAGAGAUCUAACGCCAUGAAGGCCUCUAAGAAUAAGUAUGGGAACGGCUUGUUUGGUGUGAUGUGUGUCCGCUCAUCCAUCAGUACCACGGACUCCAUGAAUGACAACAAUUUCAUGAAUAGUGUGGAUAAUGGUAAUAAUGGUAACGGUGCCAAUCAGACAGUCAUCAUCGCCAUUGUCGAAGAGUCCAAACUCUAA